CUGAGAUCAGCAGUUGGAGGUUGGAGGUUAUUCAAGGCUUCGGAGGUGAAGGAUUUUGCACUGGCACCUAAACUAUGACUCGAUUAUUAUGGGAAACAGUGUUUCUCGUGCUGGCUGUAACUAUCAAAGACACAAUUUCACAAAGGAUCAUCGGGGGUCAAGAGGUCGUGCCUUACUCAAUUAAAUACCAAGCAUCACUUCAGUAUGAUAGGAAGCAUUACUGUGGUGGCACCCUCAUUGAUCCACAAUGGGUGAUAUCUGCUGCCCACUGCUGGCGACCGGCCAGUGUGAUGCAGGUAGUGUUGAGUGAACACAACCUUGCUAAAGAAGAGGGAGUUGAACAAGUACUUAAUGUAUCCAAAAUCUACAGUCAUUUCGCCUACAACCCAAAAACAUUUAACAAUGAUAUAUUACUCAUUAAGCUCAGUGUUCCAGCACAGCUUAACGCUUACGUUCAGCCGGCUCCAUUACCGGAUACAGACACCCCUGAGCCGUCCGGAGGGACCAGCUGUACUGUGAGUGGAUGGGGAGUGACGCGUCUCUACAGUGCCUAUCUGUCACCGGUUCUGCGUGCAGUGGAUGUGGAGAUCAUCCCUUACUGCUUUUACUACUAUAACUAUAGAGUCAAUGACAACAUGCUUUGUGCUGGCUCUCGCUUCGGUGGAAAAGACUCAUGCCAGGGUGAUUCGGGUGGGCCACUGAUCUGUGAUGGGAAUCUAGAAGGAAUCGUGUCAUGGGGAGUAAGCUGUGCCCAACCAUUUUAUCCUGGUGUCUACACAAAAGUGAGAAACUACAACCGCUGGAUCGACUGGAUCAUGAACGCUGACAACUAAAUUACACCGUCGUCAAAAUGUGGGAAGUGUUGCCAUAAAAUCUGAAUUAGGGAAAACUCUGAUCUCAUUAUUGCAUCCAUAAUCUCAAAAUCAUAAUGUGCGCACAAACUUUUGUUUAAACUUGUUUUAUUUUCAAAUAAAAUACAUUUGUUCAAGCCCAUUUUCAUUAAAUUUCUUUUGUGCUACUUCCUGCCACUAACAUGAAAAUAAAGGCAAUAAAGGUGACUGUGUGAGGUUUAAAAUUAAUCAGAAGAAAAUCCUAAAAAGUCAGAAUCUUGACAUAAAUGCAUACAAUUUUGCAAAGUGAAAGUUUAAGCAUUCAGCAAAUACCUUAAGACAAUAUGAAAACAAAAAACUAAACAAUGAAGUAUACAAGCGCUUGCUUUUCAAAAAUAGAAAAACCUGUCUGUCAGUAUCAUUAAGAUUUAUAGAACUGUCACAAUGUUUUUAAAAGACUUUACA